AACACUAGUAGUUGUAUACUACUUCUCUUCAUCCCAUUGUCAGCCAUCAUGGGUUUCCUCGGCAUCCUCGAAGACUCCAAGCUGCAGCAUGUCCCGGCGACUGUCAUCCUCAGUGAAGAGCAAUCGGUGACGCAUGAUGCUACAGCAGGCCUAAGGCACGGGACUGGGAAAGAUGCAGACAUCAUUCUAAUUCCCCAACCCUCCGAAGACCCUAAUGACCCACUGAACUGGUCUAACGCUCGGAAAUGGACCAUCAUCACCAUCAUUGGCUUCGGCUCGACCCUCUACGCUUCCGUCCUUGCUCCUCUUCUCUCCCCAGCUCUUGUUGUCAUUGCUAUGGCCUUCCACAAGGAGGUCGGCGAUAUCACUCAAAUCUCUGGGUACAUGCUUCUCGUCACGGCAUGCUCCGGCCCCAUCGUAUGCGCUCUGUCGAGGAAGUAUGGUAAGAGGCCUUUACUCGUAAUCUCAUCGCUCUUUGGGCUGCUCGGAACGAUCAUCGGAAGUGCUACGAAUAGCUAUGAAGGUCUUCUUGCUGGGCGUAUCAUCCAAGGCGGCUCAGUUUCUGCCUUCGAGAGUCUAGUGGUCUCCAUGAUUGGAGAUCUUUUCUUCGUCCAUCAGCGCGGUUUCUUCAUGACCAUCAUGCAAUUCAUCCUCGGCGCUGCCUCCAACUUUUCCGCCAUCAUCGUUGGUCCCAUCGCAACUAAUCUUGGCUGGAAAUAUCUCUUCCACAUCCUGAUCGCCUUCACCGCUGUCGAAACCGUGCUCCUCAUCCUCUUCGUCCCGGAAACAGCAUACAACCGCGACCACAGAUACGACAUCGACGAACUCGCCGACGACAAACUAGCCGACCUCGCAGCUGCGGAAAAACGCCACGCCCACCCAUCUGAUAUAAAGUCCUCCAACGACGAUAUCGUCAAAGUAGAAACCCGCGGUUCCACAACACCUCCCGCGUCCCGCGCUAAGAAAACCUUCGUCCAAGAGCUUGCCUUAUUCUCUGGCACCUACUCCGACGACAACCUCCUCCAACUCUUCAUCGCCCCCUUCGCGGUCUGCACCAACCUCGCCGUCCUCUGGGUCGUCAUCGUCACGGGCGGGCUCACCGCAUUCUUCGUCGCACAGUCCUACGAUAUGGCGCAAAUAUUUAUGUUCCCGCCCUACAACCUCUCCGCCGCCGGGGUUGGAUAUCUUUCCCUCGGCCCCUUCCUCGGCGGACUUCUUGGCUCCGUAUUCCUAGGCGCCACGCUUGACCCCCUGAUCCGCUGGUGUGCCAAAAAGAAUGGAGGAAUCUACGAACCAGAGUAUAGAUUAUUAGGCAUGAUACCCUCGAUCCUCACAACUGUCGGCCUCUUCGCUUUCGGCUACAUGUGUGAACACAAAUACUCCUACUACGCAACGGCGACAAUGCACGGCAUGGAUUUGUUCGGCAUUGUCUGCGCCGCUAUCUCCGCAUCUGCCUACAUCAUUGACGCAUAUCGCGAUAUGUCGUCUGAAGUCUUUAUUGUGAAUAUGGUGUUUAAGAAUCUGUUGUUUUAUGGGUUUAGUUAUUUUGUGAAUGAUUGGACGGCGAGGGAGGGGCCGGCGAAGGUGUUUUAUGUUUUUGGGGGUGUGAGUGCCGCGAUGAUAUUGACGACGCCGGUGUUCUUUUAUUGGGGGAAGAGGUAUAGGAGUUUUUGGUGUAGGCAUAACGUGCUAGAUAAAUGGGGGAUUAGGACGCAUGCGGAGAUGUGAAGGGUGAGGGUCCUGCCGCCUGUGGAUUAGAUUUGGGUUUAAGCGACCUAACUAUGGGAUGGGACGGAAUGAGGGUUCAGAAGUGGGUAG